UGGAAGCGGGUUGGGCAGUUUAAGAUUCAGGGGUCUUGGACUGAGCGGUUCGCGCGCACCCGGCCAGAGCUCACUGAAGCCACGCCCCUCCCCCGCCCAGACCACGCCCAAGCCCCCAUCAAACUCCUCCCGGAGGUCCCCUCCCGCUUGAUUUCCUCCCCCGUGGGUGGAGGCCCUGAGGAGAGUAGCGUCCCUCAGUCCAGCGCCGUCAGCCGCGUGUCUACUGCAUCUUCGGGUUCGCUGAUCUCCACCCCGCCUGGGCCUGCACCCCCAGCAUGUUGUUGAGCUUGAAUGAGUGGCUGUGGCAGGAGAGGUUCUGGUUACCACCCAACAACACAUGGGCAGAGCUGGAGGACCGAGAUGGCCUGGUGUUCGCCCACCCUCACCACAUGCUUGCUGCCUUGCCAAUGGCUCUGGUCCUGGUGGCUCUGCGCAUCACCUUUGAGAGAUUUGUGGCCUUGCCGCUGAGCCGGUGGAUGGGUAUACGGGAUCAAGUCAGGAGGCAGAUAAAGCCCAACCCAGUGCUGGAGAAAUACUUCCUCAGGAUGGGGCAGAGACCCGUGGAGAACCAGAUGGUCCUCCUGGCUGCCCAGUGCGGUCUCACACUGCGACAGACUCAGCGCUGGUUCAGGAGACGUCGGAACCAGGAUCGGCCUCACUUGUCCAAGAAAUUCUGUGAAGCCAGCUGGAGGUUUGUCUUCUACCUGUGUUCCUUCGUGGGUGGCAUCUCUAUCCUCUACCAUGAGCCAUGGUUGUGGACAGUGGCAUUGUGCUGGGAAAAUUAUCCAUACCAGACCCUGAAUGUGGCCCUGUACUGGUGGUACCUCUUGGAACUGGGCUUCUACAUUUCACUGCUAAUCACUUUGCCCUUUGACAUCAAACGCAAGGACUUCAAGGAGCAGGUGGUGCACCACUUUGUGACCGUGGGGCUGAUCGCCUUCUCCUACAGCUCCAACUUGUUGCGCAUUGGCUCUGUGGUACUGCUGCUGCAUGAUUGCUGCGACUACCUGCUGGAGGCUUGUAAGAUGUUCAACUACACCCACUCUCGGCGAGUGUGCAACGCUCUCUUCAUCAUCUUCUCCUUAGUCUUCUUCUACACUCGCCUCGUGUUCUUCCCCACUCAGGUCAUCUACUCCACUCUGUUUGACUCCAUCAAGAGCUCGGGCCCCUUCUUUGGGUACUACUACUUUAAUGUGCUCCUGGUGAUGCUGCAGAUUCUUCAUGUAUACUGGUUCUGCCUUAUCCUGCGAAUGAUCUGCAGUUUCCUGAUGAAGGGUCAGAUGGGAAAGGACAUCCGUAGUGAUGUGGAAGAAUCAGACUCCAGUGAUGACGAGGCAGUUCCUGAAGGUCCCCAGCUGAAGAAUGGGAAGGCUCGAGGGUCGGGACCAGCCAUCGCCAAUGGCCCUCGGAGCCGGGCAGCUGGGCGCCUGGCCAAUGGGCAUACCCAAGCCACAUAGACAACCUAGGAAUGACAUUGUGGGGUUUUCUCCAGCAUUGUGGAUAUCUGGAUGCUGGGCUGGUGACCCUGGGAGACAGGGAGGCCCUCCCCGAGGUAGGAAGAGGACUGAUGAUCUGUUUCCAGCACUUCCCUCCUGUCCCUUCUCCCUUUAUCCCUUUGAGCAACUGGACAGAGCCUGGGGGAGCAGUGGACUCUGCAUCUGGCCAGAGCCACCUUCAGGCUGUAGCCUGAGGGCUGUGGAGAACCUUGGCUUCAAGGACCAAUAAAAUUUCAACAGAGAUGAAUUCUCUGCCUGAGAGCUUUGGUUCCCUUCACAGCUUCUCCUCUCCAUUACUCUGUUGACAAGAUUCCUCACUGCCACAUCAAGCUUUAUGUCCAUUCCCACCCACAUAGCAUCAUGGCAUGAAGAUACUCCCUGCCCCUCAGUCUACACCUUCACCAUGUUCUCCACAGUAGCCUCCAGGACAGUAUUAGCUGAUAGGCUCUGGCUUACAGGAAAGAAGGUAUUAAGCUUAGCUGCUGCUCCUCUAUCUGAGGUUACACAGCAUUCUUGGUCCAAGUCAGAAGGUAGUAGCAGAGACCUAAGCAUGUCCUUGUAGUCCCUUGCUUAAAGUAACCUGCAGUCCCACCCUGGGGUCUUUAUACUCUUGGGACAGUGGAGACCCAAGGGUUGAUGUGAGGUCACUGUCUUCAGAAGUGCUAUAGGAGAACAUUCUCCUCCAAGAUGGAGGCUGGGUGACCAGUGUCAUUUAACUUAUCAAUCAAAGCCACAGGAUCCAUGUAUGGUUAGACCAUGCCAUUUGUGGGAGGAUGCAAGAGGGACUGAAUGUCAUGGAAGAGAGAGAAGCAGAGACAGUGGGGAGAAGCAGGCCACCUUGGGGGACAUCCAAAAAUAAAUGCUCUGGGGACAAAGAGCAGAGCCUGGCAUGGCAGUUCAUGACUGACAUCUAACACCAGAGAGGAAGAAGCCAGUAGGCUGGAAAAACACACAAGCCUGGGAUACAAAGCAGGACCCAGUCUCAAAACAAGCAAUGGGAGGGGGUGUCAAGGAACAGGUACCUAGAAUAGAAAACAGGACAAAAAUCUGAGAUAGAAACAGCUAAGAAAAAGAUGGAAAAAUGGGGGAAGAAUGAGGGCCAUUUAUAGGUGCAGAAUGGGAUGGUGAGAUGAGAUGUGGAUUUUAACUUCUUGGGAUAUAUGGGAGAAAUGAAGAGAAAUAUGGCUUCUGUUGAGAGAAUAACAAUUCAAGGGGAACAAAAGUUAAGUAACACAGGCAGAGACUGCAAAGACUUGUGAAAGAGCCAGGAAGACAAGGCAACAGAAGGAAAGGAAAGAAAAAGGAAGUGGGGUGGGGGAGAUAAAAAGAAGAAUAAGGAAAAAAGGAGAAAGAGAAAACUGUUGUAGAUAGUGCAUGGAUGAGUAACCUGGAAAAGAAUAGGAAGGGGCAUUUGAGAAGGAAGGAAGAGGGAUAUUGAUGAGAGAACAUGAGGGAUGGAAACGGGUAUGGCCACUAGCCUGAAAUAGGUUUGAUGUUAUGAGUCCUUCUGUCCUGCCAGCCAGUCCCAAAUUAUGACACAGAGACUUCUAAUUAAUUAUGAAAGUUCAGCUGGUAGUUUAGGCUUGUUUCUAACUAGUUCUUAUAACUUAAGUUAACCAUAUCUUUAAUCUACAUUCUUUUACAUGGCUUGGUUACCUUUACUUUGUAAAGCCCAUGCUGCUUGCUCUGUGUCCCUGGCAUCUCCUCACGACUCCACUCUUCCUCUUCCCAGCAUUCUCUCUGCCCUGAAAAUCCUGCCUACCUAUUGGCCAUUCAGCUUUUUAUUAAACCAAUCAGAGUAACACAUAUUCACAGUGUACAAAAACAUUUUCCCACAACAUUUCCCCCUUUUUGUCUAAAUAAAAAGGAAAGAUUUUAACUCUAACAUAGUAAAACUAUAUACAGUAAGAACAAUUAUCAGGUAUUGUUUAAAUAGAAAGGAAAGGUAUUAACUUUGACAAAUGAAACUAGAUGCAAUAAGAACAGUUAUCAAGUAAGAAUUACAUCCACAAUGUCCAGUCCAUUUGUAUUUGGCAAAUUUAGAGAAAACAUUUCAUUAUCUAUCCUCUCUUGAUGAGUCCAAAGUUUAGUACUAAUUUAUCUUCUAUCAUAACUAAGAAAAACUAUAAUUAUCUAGUCUUCAAUUCCAUCAAAGACCCCGGAAGGAUAUAAUAUUACCAAGUAAACAGGAAGUGUAGUGCAAGAUGCUUCCACACCUAUAGAAAUGACAGGCAUCUGUCACACAAGUUUCCUCUGUAAUACUGGGGUAUCUGUCUUUGCCCUACAGACCUAGACUAUCUGGCAGACUUUUUUAUGAAGCAUGAAUUUUGAAGGGCUGUCCUGCCUUAUCUUGGCAAAGUUCAACAGUCCUUUUCCUUUAUGUCCUGCUUGUCCAGUUUGUACAACAUACUGUCAGCAGUCAAGGCAAAAACAGUUUCUUUGCCCAGUGGCUAACCUUGCCACAAUGAAAGCAAACUGUAUAAGGAGUUUCUUCGAUACCCAUUAUCUUUUCUGAAGUAAAUCGGUGCUGCCAGGAGCAGACAUGUCUCAUUGUCAUAAAAAGCCUCAGGUUAUUAAACAUCUUAAAUGCCAUAUUCUGUAGGUCUUUGGAGUGUUUGAAGACCAUCUAGCUAAAUGUAUCAGUUUAAUCUUGUAAACAUACCUAAUAUGACUAAAAGUUUGAUUAUCAUAGAAGACUAACUAAUAACCUGCAUUCCUUAAUUAUACAUUACAUUUGUAAAUGAGCUGCAUAAACACAAUACCUCAAACAAGAGUAGAAACAUAAUUCAGUAUAACAAAAAUAACCUUAAAUUUGUAUCAAUAUAUAAAAAUCCAUACUAAUAUAAAGUAUUUGAGACAGUGGUUGUUCAAAAGUAGACUCAACAAUCCACCCUUUUAUCCUAUCAUUUCUAUACUAUAUCUCCCUUUUUUCCUUCAGAAAAAGAUCCCCAAAUCUAAUCUCCUUUAUUUAGCUUUCCCCUGACCAUGACCAGUAACAAUUUGUAACCAAUCCCCCUAAAUGAUGACAAACAUUCAUAACUCAACAAAUGACCAGAAACCAUCCACCUCACCUCUUGGGAAUGUGGGCAUUGUCUUCUCCAGACUGCUUCCUGUUGCCUGGGGGUGCUGGAAUCUUCAGGACCUUGAAAAGUUAGGAUAAUGGUCAAGUCCUGGCUAGAAUAGUCUGUAAGGCUGGACCAUCUCAGCCAGCAGACUUGAAACUGUUCUGGAUACAGAACUCUGAGGAAACUACAACAGAGGCACUCUGAGAGCCUGGAUCACCUGGGCCACCAGUUUUCAUCAGUGUCUGGUCACCAUGCUCUGAAAACACAUCCACUUUCAAAGGUAACAUACAUAUUAAUGCAAGUAUGGUCUGUGCAUUUUACACAAGCCAGCCAAAGAUUUUGUUUGUUUGUUUGAGCAGGUAAAAUAUAUGGCACCUGUAUUGUAGUUAUUUGAGGUUUAUUUCUUUAUGUCUGUAACCAGAGUUUUCAGGGGGUCUUCCCCAAUCAAAUCUAAUCUCUAACAAACUUGAACAAAUCCACAGCCUUUUGUUUCCUGUGGAAACAAAAGCAUAACUUCUUCCUCAAAGCAAUACAUUUUUUGAGUUCCAUUUUAAAUAAAGUUAAGGCAUUCUUAAAGUAUCUAUGCUGGUUUUUGUCAGCAGUCCCUUUCACAAUCCCAUGUCUCCCAGCAGCUGUCAGUUGCUUAUCAGCAAUUAAAAAAAAAAAAACAAAGACAACACAAUAACAUAAAGGAUCCCGACUCCCUGUGUAUUUCCUGUCUUUACAUGGCUUAUUCUUUUUUUAUUAUUUUACUCUUUCUUUAAAGACUUUAUUAUUUUUAAACUAUUUUUAUGACUGUCUAUACCCUCUUUCUUUUUUUUUCUUGCACCUAUACUCAUUGUUAAACACACUGUAUCCUGUUUAGAAGUUAUCCCACCUGAAACUGUUUUACUGUGUAUCUGUAACCUUUUCUGUCUGCAUGAGCAAAAUCUUAAAUGCAACUUAGCUCAUUGUAGCUAGCUCCACUCCCCUCAGUUUCCUGAGAGCUUAACCUCAUAGUGGAGGUAACAGUUGGAGCCAGGGUUACUGCCCAGCUCUGGGACGUUUCUGGGUCCAUGCUGCUGUAGGCAGCUACCUAGUCUCAUGCCACCAAGUAGCAUGCUGCCAAUUGCUCAUACACCCCAUUCAAGUGCUUAAGUAGCAGGGCUUCUUAAAGGAGCCAUGCCUCUGUAUACCACUAGCACUGAUCCUAUCUGAAAGACUGUGGCCACCAGGAAGGCAUGUUUGACUCUGUUCCAAACUCUUUUUUUUUUAAGCUUUUUCGGGCCUUAUGUGGAUAUAGAUGGUCCCACACUGGGUGCUGUAUGUUGCAAGUCUUUCUCUGUCCCACCAGUCAGCUCCCAAAUUAUGAUACAGAGAUUUCUUAUUAACUAUGAAAGCUAAUAGCUUAGACUUGUUUCUAACUAGUUCUUAUAACUUAAAUUAACCAAUAUCUUUUAAUCCACAUUCUUCUAUGUGGCUCUUUACUUUGUGAAGCCCAUGCUGCUAGCUCUGCAUCCCUGGCAUCUCCUUGCAACUCCUCCUUUCCUCUUCCCAGCAUUCUCUUUGCCCUGAAAAUCUUGCCUAGCUAUUGGCCAUUUAGCUUUUUAUUAAACUAAUCAGAGUGACACAUAUUCACAGUGUACAAAAAGAUUAUUCCACAACAGUUUGAGGCCAGCCUAGAAGGAGGACCAACCUAGAAAAACAACAAUAACAAAAGCACAGAGUGGACAUGCAUAGAGGUGCAUGGACACAAUGGAAUUUCAUGUCUCUGUAAAUAACAAAUCAUUAUAGUUAUAGGAAAAUGGAUGCAACUGGAAAUCAUGUUUGAUGAAAUGAGCCAUAAUCAGAAAGACAAAUACUGAAUGUUUUCUUUUGUGCAAAACUUAGAUUUUAAAUGAUAAAUAUUUGUGUACAUGUGUGUGUUUUAAUUUAUAUGUUUAGAGGUCAUAAAAUAUAAGGGACCAUAAGAGAGGAGGAAGCAAUCUUAAGAGAGAUCAAGAAUGUAAUACAUGUGACAUGGAAACAGAAGGGGAAAGAGAACCAAUCAGAAGGGGACAACAAGGGGGAGGGGCACAGGAAAAGUAACGAGUGAGUGAAUGAGAACAAAGUUUAAUUACUCAUGUGUAUGAAGAUGCCACAAUAAAACCCAUUGCUUUUUAUGUAAAUGUAAAAAAGCAAAAAAAUAGGACCAAUAAACUUAAAGUACACACUGAUUUACUAAUGACCUUAGUACAGAGUAAUACUGGAUUCUUGCUUUCUUUAUUUUUUUUUGGAUUUUCAAGACAGGGUUUCUUUGUGUAGCUUUGCUCUUUCCUGGAACUCAUGAUGUAGCUCAGGCUGGCCUCAAACUCACAGAGAUCCACCUGCCUCUGACCCCCGAGUGCUGGGAUUAAAGGCGUGCACCACCACUGCCAGGCCGUAAUUCUUAAAUGGAUUCUUAAAAUGGGAUUAGUAGUUGUGAUGGUUAAUCUCCAUUGUCAGCAUGAUGAGAUAUGGAGUCAACUUGGAGAUGGGCCUCUAGGCAUACCUGUAAGGGAGUAAUUUGAUUAGAUUAAUUGAAGUGAGAAGACCUUUCCACUAUGGGUGGCAUCAUUCUGUGCUGAGAAGAAUGUGUAUAGCCAAAUAUGAAGGUUAAUAUUGAUUGGAUGGAAUAUUCUGUAGGUAUAUGCUAACUCCAUCUGAUCUAUUGUAUAGUUUAACUCUGGUGCAUCUUGGUUGACUUUUAUUUUGGAUGACCUAUCUAUAUGAGAGUUUGGUAUUGAAUUCACGUACUAAUAUCAUAUGAGGACCUAUUUUCCCAUUUAAUGUUUAUUUUAUGAAGCUGGAGCCCCAACAUUUGGUGUGUUUGGUUUUAAAGCUCUUGAUAGAAUGUUUUCCAUCUUUUGAUUUUAUUAGCGAGGUGUAUUUCUCAGAGACAGUAUAGAGUUGGAUCUAGUUUUUUCUUAAAUAUAUGAAUAGAUUUUAUUUUCAUUUUAUAAGAAUUAUUUAGAGGUUGAAGUUUCCUAGAACAUUGAGAGGCAGGUACAGAGGUUUCAUUGUUCCCUUUCCCUAUCAUGUGUAGGCUUCUCCCACUGUCAACAUCCUCCAUCACAGUGGUGUAUUUGUUACAGUCCACACUGACACAUCCUCAUCCAAAGUCCACAUUGCACAUUAGUGUUCAUAAAACACCUGGUUGCCAGUAGAAAUCAGUCUCAUCAGGUUGUUUUUUGUAAUGCAGAUCUGAUCAAAUCACCUAGGUGGCCACCAAAACCUGGCCCCUCCACUGACUGGUUCUUGGAGACUCCUUUCACAUCUCCCAAGAAGACAGUCAAUACUGUCAAUGAAACCUCCUUUUUUUCCUUCCUCCUUCUUGUUUUUUUUUUUUUUAUUUAAUACAGGAUUUUAUCUGUAGCCCAGGCUACACUUAAACUUGCCCUCCCAACAGCCUCCCAAGUGCUGUAAUUACAUGUGUGUGCCAUCACACCAAACUAGGGUUCAUAUUUUGUAUUUACAUUUGGUGGAUUUUGAUGAAUGUGUAAUGACUUGUGUUCACCACUGAAAUACCAUAGAGAGUCAUUUCACAGCACCCAGUCCUCCUUGCUCUUCUGAGUUAUCUCUUCCUCCUUUCCAACCCCUGUCAAGCAAUGACCUUCCUCCAAUCUCCAUGGUGUUCCUUUUCAGUUUUUAAUCCAGUUAACCAGUCUGCAUCUCUUUGUUAGUGAGUUGAGUCAAUUACAUGUAGAUUUUUAUUGAGAAAUAUCUAUUAAUUUCUGUUAUUUUUGUCAGUUGGAUUAUUGUUUGUUCUUUAUGCUGUCCCAUGUUAGUAUCUGGUCUAUUUUGUUGGAUAUAAUGGACUCUUUCCAGAUUUCCUUUGUUCAGCUAGUCUGCCCAUGAAAUCUUCUUUCUUCUGCUUUAGUGAUUGAAAUUUCUUCUGUUGCUCAUAGUAUUCCUUUAGUGUCCUCUUCAGUGCUGGCUUGGUGGUCAGGAACUCCCUCAGUUGUGUUUAUCUUGAAAUGUCCUUAUUUCUUUUCAAAUUUAGAAGAUCACUUCGAUGGCAUAGUAGUCUAGACUGGAAAUUAUCUGCUUUUGAGACUUGCAAUAUAUCAUUUCCUGACUUCCUGGCUUUGAGGGUUGCUGAUGUUACUCUGAUGGUUUGUUUUUGUAGGUGAGUUUAUGUUUUUCCAUUACAGCAUUUAAUAUUGUUUUUUUGCUUUGUGUUUUUGACAUCUUGACUAUAAUAUGCAAUGGAGAGGAUCUUCUCUGGUCAUGUUUAUUUGGGGGUUCUGAAUGUCUUUGUGUUUGAAUGUCUGAAUGUCUUCUAGGUUGUAAUGUUUUUGAAUGGAUGUGCUGCACCUCUGAUGUUUACUUCACUCUUUCUAGGCCUGUGGGUUCUUGUCUUUGGUCUUUCACAGACAUUGUGGUCAUGCUCAUUUAUCUUUAGCUUAUUGGUGUCUGCAUGUAGUAUUUAUCCACCCUUCUCCAUCUGGUAGUCUUCUUCUACUUCCUUAGUCCAUUCUUCAUGCUUCCCACUGUGCUUUUUAUUUGAUUUAUUUUUUUCAGUUUCAACACUUUUGUCCCUCCUCAUCACAGUCUCAUUGCUUAGGUUUUCUCUCAUGUUGCUGAUUUUUUCAUCUGUCUUAUUAAUGACUUUAUCUAUAGGUAUUGAUGAUAUGUAUUGAAUUAAUCUGCCUUUGAGUAUCCUCUUUCAGGCCAUUGAUAAUGUUUUGUAUUGAUGAUAUGUAUUGAAUUAACCUGCCUGUGAGUAUCCUCUCUCAGGUCACUGAUAAUUUUUUUGCAAGAAAACUUCUAAAGUGUUUAUUUGAUAGUUUCAGAAUGUUGAGUUCAUCAGUUGAGUUAUGCUCUUUCAGGGAAAUUAUGCUGACUUCCUUUUUUAUCUUUCUAGUAUUUUGUAUUGUAGUCUUCACAUCUGCUACUUUGUAUGUCUGUCCUGGAUUUUGGAGAGGUGGUGAUGGUGGUGAAUUUCAGCAGCAGCUUAGACCAUAGGGAAAGUAAGUGCCAUGAGUUUACUGAUCUCUUUGCCAGUCUCUAAAACCUCAGAAAUCUGAUGCUACACUCCAUCUUUUUUCCUUUGUGAUUUUUGUUACAUGUUUAGUGGGAUUUAUACCAUGGUAGAAAACAGUGUAGACGUUACUAAGGAAAUUGAAAGUAGAACUACCAUUCAAUCCAACCAUAUCACUCUUGGGUAUAUAGACACAGAAGACAUCUACAGAAACAUUUGCACAUCCAUGAUUAUUGCUGUACUUACAUGGUGGCUAAGAAAAGAAAGCAUGCCAAUACCCAUCAACAGGAAUAGAUAAAGGAAAUGUGGAGCAUAUUCACAGUGGCAUUUGUUCAGCUUUAAAAAAUAAAGUCAUGACAUUUAAAAGGAAAAUUUUGGAAAUAGAAAUAGUUAAAUUGAGUGGCUUAAGACACAGUCAUAAGUAUAACUACUACAGGGGGCUGGCAUUCUUUCUCUCUCUCUCCUCAACCCAAAAGUAGAAAGUAGCCAAGAGGGGGAAGUGAGGGAGGUGGAAAAGGGCUGGGGGUAAAGAAACACAUAGAUGAAUAUAGAAAUGAGAAUUGUUUCGAGAUAAAGAAGAAGCAGGAGGAGGUAGAUAGAAGGGAUGGGGUAUCAGUUUGUAAGGGGGAUGAAUAGAAACAAAAUGUAUGUAUGAAAAUGUACUAAUGAAAUCUACUUCAUGUGCUUACUUGAAAAUUAAUAAAAAAAAUUACUAAGCCUUGUA